CGAAAUUGGCAUGAUGGCAGCUGCGGCCACGGGCAAUGCCCACUACGUCGAGGAAGAGUAUGAGCUCGCGGUGCAAGCGUACACGGCGGCGCUGAAGGACGACGCGACGAGCGCCGACGCUCUCUCGAAGCGCGCCGCUGCCUACCUCAAGCUCAACCAGCUGGAGCCUGCGCUCCGGGACGCGUCGGCGGCCGUGGCCCAGGACCCGUCGCUCCUCAUGGCGUACCAGCGCCAAGGCAUUGCGCUCUUCGGCCUCGAGCGCUUUCGCGAGGCGAAGGCUGCCUUUACGAUCGGCAAGGACAAGGCUGGCAACCACGACCAAGCGCUGGCACGUUUCAAGACAUGGCUGCGGAAGUGCGACGCCGAGCUCGAAGACGAAGACGAGCUUCCGGAGCCCAAGGCUGUGGCUCCCGCGCCUGUGCCCGUCGCGGCGCCGUCCAAGCCCGCACUCCGCCACGAAUGGUACCAAAGCGGAACGCAUGUGACGCUCUCGCUGAUGCAGAAGGGUCUCCAGCCGGACGACGUGACGGUGACCUUUUCGCCCAACCACCUGCACGUGCAGUUCCGCAUCAAUGGCGAGAUCAUCGACGCAUUCCAGAAGCAGCUGUACGGCGCAAUCGUCGAGGCCGAGUCGUCCUUCCGCGUCUCGAGCGUCAAGGUUGAGCUGCGCCUCAAGAAGGCCAACGAAGGCUUUGCGUGGGACCAGCUCGAGGGCCACGGCCUUGUGGCACCGACGGGCGCGCUGCCGCUGCCGACGCCCGCCGUGCUCUCCGCGCCGCCCAAGCCGUACGCGAGCAAGCGCGAUUGGAAUAAGAUUGACAAGACAAUUGGCGAAGAGCUCGAGGCGGAGAAGCCCGAGGGCGAGGCCGCGAUGCAGAAGCUCUUUGCCGACAUUUACGCCAAGGCCGACGAGGACACGCGCCGGGCCAUGAACAAGUCCUUUCAAACGUCUGGUGGCACCGUGCUCUCGACCAACUGGAAGGAAGUCAAGGCAAAGGACUAUGAAGAGGAGAAGCCCGUGCCGGAAGGCAUGCAGUGGAAGAAGUGGGGCUAACCUGCCACGUCAAGGCCGAGGUGGCGACCACAUACCGUAAAUAUACGCACUUAUACGUUGA